AUGGAUGCUGCUGAAGUUAAAUCAGGGGAUUACCCACCAAGACUUUACCCUGAAGGAUCUUCUAACCUAGAUGGUAAAGUUAUUAAUCACAAUUUCCAUCCAGGGCAUUUCCCCCAAGUUAGAGAAACAAUAGGACUUGAUGUGUGGGAAGAACUGACAGCUGCAAGUUAUAAAAAGGAGAUAUGGUGUCUCGUGGCUGAUGAGGCUAUAAGGUUUAGCUUGCUCGAGUUUGGUGAGAUCACUGGGCUAAACAAAGGUCCAUUGCCAACAGAAAAAUUUGAUCCUGACCAAUAUAACGAGUUUUGGGGGGAGUUGAAAGUGCCGCUUGGGAUGAGACCAAAGUUAGAUGCACUGAAGGCAGCAUUAGCGUUCUGUCCGCGUUGGAGUUUUGAAAAGCGCAAGUGGUUGGGGCUGCUACUUCUUCAAGCCAUGGGAGUCUAUUGUUUGCAUCACAAUUUAAGGAUACCCUUUCAAAGUGCAAUAAGGGUAUUCGAUGAUGAAACCAUGAGGUCGUAUCCAUGGGGUCGGACUGCAUACGAAGUUCUAAUUGACUCUAUUAAAACAUUGGCUCCAGAUGGAGGUUCAUACACAAUAAGCGGCAUGAAGGACGCGUUAUUGAUUUGGGCUUAUGAAUCCGUCACAUGCUUUGGUGAGAGUUUUGGGAGAGUGAUCAAUAACGAAGACGUUCUGCUUUUGCGAUGUGGUGGAAAGCGUACAUGUGCAAGCUUUGAUAAAUUGUUGUCUUCCGAAAUCGAAAAGCAUGGCGAGGUGCGUGUGAGGAGAAUGGUUUUGAAGGACUCAAUUGAAGAGAUGUUUCCUAUUUGGCCGGGUGAAGAUGACGACCCACAACUCGGGAAUGCAAAGGGGAAGGGGAAGGGGAAGGGUAAUGAGAAGAAGAGAAUGAAGGGUGGAGUUUCGUCAGAAGCUGAGCCACCCACUAAGAAGCAGAAGAAAGUUAAGACACAAAAUGAGUCUGAAGCUGAUGCAGCAGGAAAUGAGUCUGAAGCUGAUGCAGCGGGAAAGGGUUCUAGCGGGAAGGAAGGUAGCAAAGAGUUGGAGUUGGAGAACAAAGCGACUCUAACGACCAUUGUGAAUACUCUGGAUAUUACUUCCAGAAAAUUUGAUCAGGUUGACUCACGGUUGGAAGCUUACGAGUUAGAUCGGAACAGACCAUUGAUGGACCAAAAGACCAUUGAUGACAGGGUGAAUGCUUAA